AUGUCAUCCAAGGCUUCGAAAUCGUCGGAACAAAGCUCCAAGAAGCACCACUCCUCAAAAUCAAAGUCAAAGUCAAAGAACGACGACUGGGCAGAAAUCACAGACCCCGAGGAGCGCCGCCGCAUCCAAAAUCGGUUGGCUCAACGUAAAUUCAGGAAGAAGAACCAAGACAGCAAAGAAAAGGCCGACCGCGACGCAGACAACGAGACCAACGCUAAGAAUACGUACGAAAUCGCCUCGGGCUCCUCCGAUCCUAGCGGUGCCGCCGCCGGCGGCGCGGAAGAGGGAGCCGAGUCCGGCCUUCCCUGGGGUAGCAUCAACAUGAACCACGUCAUCACCCGCGGCCACGAGCACGAGAGCCGUCGGGGCAGCGGCCGCGACGACUACGUCAGAGAGGACCCGUAUUACAUGACCAACUACGGCAACGGCUACACGGAGGCGUACCAGCCGGCGGCGCCAGCGAGUUACGGGAGCAGUGGCGGGGAGGACUACUACUACGGCGGUGACUCGCCGUAUUAUUUGGAUUAUGAUCAGGGCGGGGACGUGAAUCAGGGGCAUCACAGACGGUGA